AUGUCCACAUCCUGGCCUCCUUCGUGCGCAAACGAACUUGGCAUCGCAACCUUAUCCCUCGGCAACUGGAGAGAGCAUCGACUCGAACCUCGGUUGAAAGCAGCAGCCAAAGACGGCUACCAGUGGAUUGAUUUAUUUGACGAAUGUUGGGCCGCCUACCUCGAAGAGCACGACCUACCAGGAGACCAGCUAUGGAAAGCCACACCCGAGAACCUACAAGUGGCCCGCAAGCUAGGUGACUUGGUGAAGUCUCUCGGGAUGCGCAUCGCCUGCACGCAACCACUCCGAGCAAUAGAGGGGAUCAAAGAUCCGGUCGAGCGUCGCGCUUCCCUAGAUCUCGUCGCGAAACGAUUCCCGUUUAUGCGUGCUUUUGACACCGACCUUGUAUUUAUGUGCGCCAAUAUUCGCACUGAUGCUGGCGUCACCUCGGAUUUGAAGACUGUUGCGCACGAUUUGGCAGAAAUCGGUGAUAUGGCGGCGGCGUACGCAAAGACUGAUGGUGGUCCCAUGCUCAGAAUCGGAUAUGAGGGAUUGUCAUGGGCAACAAGGAACACUUGGUCGGCAUCUUGGGAGGCGGUGCGAUUCGCCAAUCGUCCCAAUGUUGGUUUAAUCGUUGAUGCAUUCAAUAUUUUGGCCGUCGAGUUCGCGGACCCCUACAAUCCCGAUGGUCAUGGCCGUAUAUAUUCCACUCUUGAAGAGUCCAUCCAAGUUCUCACUGACUCGAUGGCGGCUUUGGUGGCCACUGUCCCCGGGGACCGGAUCUUCUUCUUCCAGUGUGGAGAUGCAGAAUUGGUGAAUCCAGCAAACCUUUUGCCUCUAUCCGAUCCAAACACCCCUGCACUUCUGCCAUGGUCUAGGAAUCAUCGACUCUACCCACUGGAACAAUCCCAUGGCAGCUACUUACCGGUGGAAGUCGUUGGAGCUGCGGUCUUGGCAACGGGCUACAAGGGACCGGUAUCGCUUGAGGUUUUCAACGCAUCAUUGAAUAAGCCUGGAAACGACGUGCCAGCCAUUCACUCUGCCAGAGGGAUGAAAGGACUUCGCAAGCUCAUUGACAGCAUAAAAUGUUUGCCUCCUUUUUGGAAAGGCCAAGCAUAUGCCCAACAAGCCAUGACUCAAGUCAUGGAGCGUCUAGGGAGCCAAAAGCAAUCCCUGGAAAAGCUAUAA